CCUCACUCUCCUUAUAGGAUAGGUACCGAUUCUCAGGGAUGGCCGCAUCUAUUCUGGAGGUAGGGAAUAUCAUUGAUGAAGCACGCUAUGGCUCCAGUCCUCUGGCUAUGCUAACUGCUACCUGUAACAAAUUCGGCAACACCAGCCCCAUCAGAGAUUCAGCCACACCCGGUAAGACUGGGAGUACCACCCCACUAAAGAAGCCCUACGCCAUGACCUCUGACCCUCAGUCAGCUAAGAACGGGCGCACUGCUGACGGCAGCGGCCUGACUGACUCUUACACCGGCUCCUUCAGUACCUCGGCAGCAGGCGGCGGAGGAGGAGGAGGGGGAGGUGGGGGACUUCUCACCCCCACUGGCAGCCCCCCUCCCUCAGCCGGUGGCUACAGCACAGAGUACAACCCAUUCUCCCACUCCUUCCAGACCUCUGUCUCCCAGGAUCCAUCUCUCCUGGUGUCCAAGGCCCAUGGCACAGCCGACUUCACCAGCGUCUACACGUCCCUGGAUAUGACGCACCCCUAUGGCUCCUGGUACAAGGCUGGCAUCCACCCUGGUAUUACUGCCGCCCCGGCUAAUGCCACGUCCUCUUGGUGGGAUGUCCACCCCAACUCCAACUGGCUUUCAGCAACCCAGCCCCAAGCGGAUGGGGGUCUACAGGCCUCUCUGCAGCCCGUGGCUCCCCAAGCCUCACUGAGCCCACAGCUGCCUAGUUACAGCACCGACUUCACCCCACUCAACCCGGCCCCGUACCCCUCCGUGGGACUGGGCUCCUCAUCACACCUCCUUCAGCCCUCCCAGCACAUGCUGCCCCAGGACAUGUACAAGCCCAAACCAGUGCCCAGCGGGGGGCUGAUCGAGAGCCCUAUGGGUCUUAAACCUGCAAGGGGAUCAGGGGGAUAUGGAGGUGGGGGCACCCCCACCCGUUCUUCCUGCGACUGUCCUAACUGUCAGGAGCUGGAGAGGCUGGGGGCCUCGGCCACGUCACUGAGGAAGAAGCCUGUCCACAGUUGCCACAUCCCGGGCUGCGGGAAGGUCUAUGGCAAGGCCUCUCACCUCAAGGCCCACCUGCGCUGGCACACAGGCGAACGUCCCUUCGUCUGCAACUGGCUGUUCUGUGGGAAGCGUUUCACCCGCUCAGAUGAACUGGAGAGGCAUGUGCGCACGCACACACGGGAGAAGAAGUUCACCUGCCUGCUGUGCAACAAGCGUUUCACGCGCAGCGACCACCUCUCCAAGCACCAGAAGACCCACGCAGAGUCUGCGCUGCAGGGGAAAGGAGUGGUGGUGGAGGGCGACACAGAUCCCAGAAACGAGGAGGCAGCAGAGCUUAACAGCAAUGCUGUACCCACCAAUCCUGUCUCUGACCCCAUCACCAAUGGAGAUGAGAAGACUGGCACGCCUAAUGGGGUGGAAAACAGCAGUGGCCUGUUGGAGAUCUGA